CAAAGAAGAAGGAAGUUCUAAUCUAGUUUAAUUGAGUCACCUGGGCGUCACGCGCCUUGCUGCUAGUUAGUUCAUGUUUAACGUUACUUAUCUUAUCCGUACAGUCUCUUGAAACUGUGACAUAACAUUGAACUAAACUAUGUCAGAUAAAACGGAGGUUAACCUAACUGGAGUGAAACAGAGUAAAGGCGUCUGGCUUGUUAAGGUUCCCAAGUAUUUAAUGCAGCAAUGGGACAAGGCCACAGAAAAGGGAGAAGUUGGAAAGAUUACCAUUGGAAAGAAGCAAGGCAAAACAGAGGUAUGUUUCAGCCUGAAUGAGGAGCUGACAGCCCUGGGCGCUGUGGGGGAGAAGGAUGCAUCACUGCAGGUCCCAAAGGAUCAUCCCUUCACCAUGCACACAGUGGGUGGACAGACCAUGGCGGUCUUCAGCCAGAGCGAUACAGAUGAAAUUAGUCUGGAGGGAAUGGUGGUGCACAGAGCUGAAUGCAGACCGGUCGUCAAUGACAACUACAUGAAGCUGAAGAAGAUGCAGAUUAAAGAGUCCACCAAGCCUCAGCGUUUGUCACAGCAGCUGGAGAGAGCCGUCACUACCAUCUUCAAGCCUGUGGCCAACCACGAUUUCAAUGUGGAGCAUGAGAAGAAGAAGAAGUCGGAGGGGAAGAUGGUGAGGGCUGAGCAGCAGGUCGUGUUGGACAUGCUCUUCUCUGCCUUUGAGAAGCACCAGUAUUACAACAUUAAGGACUUGGUGGACAUCACCAAACAACCUGUGGUGUUUCUGUAUAUUCUGUUUCUCCAGACUUACCUGAAAAAAAUCAUGAGGGAUAUCGGGACAUACAACAGCAAGGGGGCUCACAAAUGCACCUGGGAGCUGAAGCCAGAGUACCGACACUACCAGUCUGCUGAGGAAGAGGAGGAGAUGCAGAAGGCCUAGUUCCAGCCAGUUCCUCUCACAUGGAGAGAAAAGACACAGCUUUCAGGUUUUUCAGUGACUUCCUAAAUAUAUAUGUCAAAAGAAAAUACUGUUUAUUGGGUAUGCAGGCAGUAUGUGAUGUUUUUGAGUUCAUCAUUUGAGUUAACAUUAUCAUUGGGUGGAAAAGUCUGCUAGCACAGCACUUUAACAUAAAUAAACAGACAUAUUGUUCAGUGAUGGAUUUCAAUCAAGUUUUUGGAAGUUAAAUGAUAACCAUUGGCUGUCUGGAAAUGUAAGGUGGAAAAAAACAUUAAAAAAUGGAAUGUUAAAAUAUGUUCGACAGUGAUCA